AUGACGGAUGAAGUGUUUCAAAUGGAAAAAGCUCAUCCUGAACGGUACGGACAGCGCGUUACUGACGUGACAGUCGUCGAGACGGGUCAGAAGUUGGACGUCAAAACGUACAUUGUUGUGCCGCCAACCAUCUACGGAAAAGGCUCUGGCCCAUUUGCAACCCUGAGUCAACAAGUUCCGAAUCUUGCACGAUUCGCCCGGAAGCUAGGUUCAGCGGCUGUGGUUGAGAGUGGGCAAGGCAUCUGGAACCAUGUCCAUAUCUCCGACCUGUCUCGUUUCUACGCUUUGCUCUUGCAUGCAGUCCUAGAACAGCCCGCUUGGCUCCCACACGGUCCGAGGGCCAUCUUUUUCGUCGAGAGUGGCGAACAUACGUGGCUCCAAGUCAGCCAAGGCAUUGCACGCGCUAUGCACAAGCAGAAUCUGUUAGCGACGACGGAAGUGAAGUCCGUCAGUCUCCACGAAGCAGCGGCGCAUAUUACUGGGGGAAAUGAGAACUUGCUGGAGAUAACCCUUGCUUCCAAUUCACGGGCUCGAGCAGACUUCGCCCGCUCGCGGCUUGGUUGGUCCACGAGUCGCGGCGACGAGGAUUUCUUGAAUCAUUUCGAGGCCGAGAUAGCAAGCAUGGAGGAAGAGUGGAAGCGGUGA